UGGGUGCCGUGUGCAUCUUUUCCUUAGGUUUAUAGUUGUAUCGGUGACAAUUAAGAAUCAAAAUGACUGCUCCACGAGCAAACCACGAUACCGAUAACAACCAACGGCUUAAAACCCUCCACGUAACGCACAUUAUUAACUCUCGCAGUGUCUCCAAAUUGACCCUGCAUUCUUAAAACCGUUCUUUCCUAUAAAUAAAACCCAUUUUGGUCCCCAAGUCCCUUUGUGACGUUAUUCCACCAAGCCCAAACGAAAAAGACCAACCGAUAAAUUCGGAGUCGCUCGUCUCGCUCUCUCUAUCUGGGACUGAAGAAAGGCAGUAAUGGCGACGAGUCUGUUCAGGAGGGCAGUAUCUAGGGUUUCGACGGCGAGAUUCGUGCUGGCUCGGGCCCAUGCGAGCGAGGCUCAGGCGCAGCAGGUGGAGCCGAAGGCACGCUCCGCCGCGACUCUCAAGACCUUCUCAAUCUACCGGUGGAAUCCAGACAGCCCAUCGAAGCCGGAGCUCCAGGAGUACAAGAUCGACCUGAAAGAGUGCGGUCCCAUGGUCCUCGACGCCCUCAUCAAGAUCAAGAAUGAGUUCGACCCCACCCUCACCUUCCGCCGAUCGUGCCGAGAAGGCAUCUGCGGUUCCUGCGCAAUGAACAUCGACGGCUGCAACGGACUCGCCUGCCUCACUAAGAUCCCGUCGGCCGGAUCCAACACCACGAUCACGCCACUGCCACACAUGUUCGUGAUUAAGGACCUGGUGGUGGACAUGACCAACUUCUACAACCAAUAUAAGAGCAUCGAGCCCUGGCUUAAGAGGAAGACCCCGGCGUCCGUUCCGGGGAAGGAGAUACUGCAGAGCAAGAAGGAUAGGGCCAAGCUGGAUGGGAUGUACGAGUGCAUUCUCUGCGCCUGCUGUAGCACAUCCUGCCCCAGUUACUGGUGGAACCCCGAGUCUUAUCUGGGACCCGCAGCUUUGCUCCAUGCCAAUCGGUGGAUAAGUGAUAGUCGAGAUGAAUAUACAAAGGAAAGGCUGGAGGCUAUAAAUGAUGAGUUCAAGCUCUACCGCUGCCAUACCAUACUCAACUGUGCCCGUGCCUGUCCGAAGGGCUUGAACCCUGGAAAACAGAUCACCCAUAUCAAGCAGCUCCAACUUACUGGUGGCAAAUGAGUUUCUAGCGUCCUCUAGCACUAGCUGCAAUCCUGCUGAUGUGCAUUUCCCGUUGUUCUGGGAUAAUUUUGAUGACCCAUGAAACUGUGUAUUGAGUUAAUAACGCGAAGUAUCGAAUGUAUUAUCCCAUUUGUACCUACAGAAUUUGCGAAUCAAAUUGUGUUAGUCUUUUGCUUUCGAAUAAAGUUUAAUGGAACUCCUGGGUCCACCUGGAGCUGUGAUCAGAGGUUUAUUGAAUUUGUC